UGGAUCUAUAGUUCACAUUCAUCCAUCCUCAGCAUUGUUUGAGCAGGAAUCACAGAUGGACUGGAUUAUCUUCCAUGAUGUGCUGGUAACCUCCAAGAUAUACGUGAGAACAGUGUGCCCUAUCCUCUACGAAUGGGUCAAGGACUUGCUGCCAAAGUUACACGAGAUUGAUGUGUACGAGCUGAGCAGUGUGGCGAGGGAGGAGGUGACAGAGGAGGAUGUGGCAAAGUGGGAAAUUAAAGAAACGGCCAAAAGACAAAAAGCAGAAGCACAGGGGGAGGCUCUGAAGAAACUGGAGAAGAGGAACGAUGAGAGCUCUGUGUGCGACGCUCGGGCGCGCUACCUGCAGAGAAAGCAGGAGAGGGAAGGGAAGCAGGGGAAAGUGCAGUGAAGAAGGAAACGAGAAGCACAGGGGGGUGUCCAUCUGAGGAAGCAAGGGGCCUGGAAUGUCAUGCUUUCUAUUCUCCUUCUCCCAGCUGAGACAACAUACAGGGAGCAAUGCUGAGUGUGCUGGAGCCGUGGCGCUGUGCGGAAAUCUCUUCAUCUGUGUUGAUCAACUCUGCAGGAAAUGUUGUAAAUGCCAUUGCAUAAUGUGUACCUAUUACUGAUCAAAAAAGGAUAGAACGGAAACAUAAUCUUGAUUGUCAGAAUGUAUUCUCUGAGCUGGAAUUGAGCUUCUGGUAUUUGUUUAAGAUUACAUAAAUUUGUGAAUGCUGUAUUCUCCUUUUUCACAGCAUGGACACCUUAUUGUAUGAGUUCUUAAUGGCUAUAUCUAGCUCUGGUCAAAGACAGGUUAAACUUUUGAAUUGUAAACCAAGCUAUUAGAGAAAAUACCGUAUACAAAACAUAAUGAAGGAUACAAUUCAUUGUGAAAGUUCAAAGGUAUUUAUCCUAACCUGUAGCAUAACUAUUGAAUUUCACUGCAUAAAACAUCCCAUAGACACCCAUUGUUGCCUCAAAUAAUCUAGAAAUACUUAUAACUUUUUUUUUU